AUGCCUCUGCCAGUCAUUCCUCUGACAGCAGGAUGCGCCCUUAUCGCUCUUGCACUCUACAAGUUCAUCGUUCAUCCGGCUUUCCUCUCUCCUCUAUCCAAGGUUCCGAGCGCGCACUGGACUUCAAGAGUCUCUCCGCUUUGGAUCUACUACCAUCGGCUACAGCAGAAUGAUACUGUUGCCGUCCACGCGGCACACCAAAGGCUAGGGCCCAUUAUCCGCCUCGCACCGAAUGAGCUGUCAGUCAACUCUGUUGAAGGCGGUAUUCGAACCAUAUAUGCUGGCGGAUUCGAGAAGGGCACUUGGUACUCCAACUACUUUUCUAAUUAUGGCGUGGAGCCAAUGUUCGCAAUGGAAGGGCACUCCGAGCAUUCCAAGAGGAAACGAAUGCUGAGCAACGUCUAUGCCAAGUCAACACUACGAGCGAGCCCGGCGCUGGCGAAGCAGACGGACAUUAUACUCGAUGACCGACUAUAUCCACGUCUGAAGGCUGCAGCAGAGUCCGAAACCCCCAUUGAAAUGUACGAUGUCUUUGCUGCAGUCACGAUGGACUUUGUAUCGGAAUACGUGUUUGGCAUGAAGAACGGCACAAACUUCGUACAGAAUGUAGAAGAGGGCACGAAAUUAUUUCGCGACUUCAAAGCAAGGCAGAAGUAUACCUUCUGGCCACAAGAGUUGCCGAGUUUCACCAGCUUCAUGAGUCGCAUUGGGCUCAAGUGGCUGUUGGUGCCGGAGUGGGUCGGCAAAGCGAACAACGAUCUUGAAGCCUGGCUCAUGAGGAUGUGCGACAAUGCCGAGAAAACACUCCGAUCCAUCGAUAAUGGCGAUAAAGAGAAUGUCGAGGAUUAUCCCACCGUCUACGCCCAGCUCCGAAACAGUCUACUGAAGGAUCUUUCAAAAUCGGAACAAGAUCUGUGUGUGGAGGACACGGUCCAAUCUCUUCGCCUAGAAAUCGCAAGCGAACUGAUUGAUCAUACCCUAGCAGGCUUCGAUACUUCUAGCAUCACCCUAACCUGGCUCGCCUGGCAACUCAGCCGUCCGGAGAACUCCCACUGGCAAAAAAAUCUCCACCAGGAGCUCAAAUCUUCCGUCCCUUCCACACACGAUGCCAAAGCUCUCGAUUCUCUCCCCAUUCUCCACGCCAUCUCCAUGGAAACCCUCCGCCUCCAUGCCGCAAUCCCAGGAAACCAACCUCGCAUCACACCACCCAACACCUCCCUCGGCGACGCUGAACAAGGAAUCCUCUACCCGAACCUGCCCAGCAACGUGCGUGUCCAAUCUCAAGCCUGGACGCUCCAUCGCAACCCCAAAAUCUUCCCUGAUCCCGAAAAAUGGGAUCCGUCGCGCUGGCUCCCUACCCCUUCAAAAGAUAUGACUCGGUGGUUCUGGGCUUUCGGAUCCGGAGGGAGGAUGUGCGUCGGGUCGAACUUGGCGAUGCUGGAUAUGAAAGCUACGAUUGCUGGGGUUUGGGGGAAGUUCAAGACUGAAACUGUGAGAGAUGAGGGCAUGGUGCCAAAUGGAGGAUAUAUGGCUGAGCCACUGGGCGUCGGCCCAGGCGGGAAGAAAGGAAUUGGGAAGGGAAGGGAGUUUUUAAUUUGUCGGUUGACGAAGCUUUGA